CUGCAGAGGACGCGAAGGUAAUCCUGUUGCUAACAAGAGCUAGCAAAGUGCUUCGUUCACCAUAACUUCAUAUGUAAUGAUCGAUCACGACGGCGCCAAAGAUAGCUACGCCAAUUCUUAUGUAACGUUUAUCUGAAACUGACACCACCCACUGCCAUUUCAACAAACUGCGCUGUUUGGAGAAGGCUGCUCGAUGUAUCACAAAGAAAAGAGCAUCCAAAUCAAAAACAGCGCGUCUGCGUUGUACAACAACCUCAGCGUGUUGCGCAUCGCCCCGCGGCGCCUCACCUAUUUCACGGUUGUCCAUGCUAACGUUGUCAACAUGGUCAGCGCUUCCUGGGACGGACUCAACUAUUCCCACCGUCAGCUACAGUCUAAGGAGCCCAAUGUCGCCACAAGCACAUCGCUCAUCAUGCAGGCGGCGUUUUGUGUCCUGCCCUCUCGUGAUCUGCUGGUGGUGACCUCUCAGAAAGGCAUCCAGAUGUAUGAAUCCGAUGGCUCCAUCAUGGUGUACUGGCAUGCACUGGAUACUCCGGAAACACCUACAGCUCAGGCCGUGUUUGCUCGAGGGAUAUCGGCAGUGUGGGAGAAUUAUAUAUGUGUUGGUGUUUCAUCUGGUGCAAUUCUAGUAUUUGAUGUUCCCAGUAAAGGCAGUAAUAUUACCCUGUCUGAGGUUCUGGAGGAGCAUAAGGAGUCCGUCACUGACAUGGCCUCGGAGUGCUCUGGCAGCCAGGAGUGCAUAGCUGAUCUGGUCACUGCAGAUGAUGGGGGCAGCCUGUGUGUGUGGAAGUCUGGGGAGGAAUUUCAGCUGCUGAACAAAAUCUCUGGCUUUGAUAUGAGCUGCUCAUCUGUCAAGUUGUGGAAAGGUACAGUAGUGGCAGGUUACGGCACAGGCCAGAUCCGUCUCUAUGAGGCAGUGACGGGGAUUUUGCAUGCUGAGAUCAACGCCCACGCUCGCUGGAUAUACUCACUGGACAUUGCUCCUUUUUCUGGACUGCUUCUGUCUGCUGCUGAGGACUCUCUAGUCAGGGUGUGGCACCUGACACUGACCCCAGAGACCAACAGUGUGGAGGUUGCCCAUUUGCACAAUGAGUGUGUGAUGGACACACAAAUUUGUGGUGCCAAGUUCUGUGACGGCGAUGGUUAUGCCUUUGCAGUGACAGGCCAUGACCUGAGUGAGAUUAUCCGCUACACACAGUCGUAGAACUUUGUGUUCAUUGAGGCGGAUGAAUGUGAGUUCUGGAAGGAUAUGAUGACCCAGAGAGAACAGAGUCAAAUGUCAGGCUGAGAUUCUGCAAGGAGAGGGGUAUUUAACGAGAUCUUUUAUAGUAGAAGCAUUGUUACAUCAUGGCAUUUCUGCCUCCAUAGCUACAACAUUUAGCAGGAGAUUAGCAUAUAACAAAAUAAUGCAAAAUGUGUUGAAAGUUUCUAUAAAUAUUAUAGACAUAAUAUAAAGUACACAUGUUUACAUGUAUGUGAAUGUAGCUUUAAGAAUUAAUAAAAUAUUCUAUAAUUAUUUCUGACAUUAUUGAAACAGAAUUACUGUUUCAAACCGUUGUACCAGUAAAACAUUGUUAGAAAAAAAA